CUUCCCCGCCAUGGGCCAAGCAAUUACAAGCGGAUUUACCAGCUGGUACAACGGUUGUCACCUUUACAGCUUGGUCGCCUGUAUCGAAUUACACCAGCACGUGUAGGAUAGUGAUACGUGUUCGAGACACGGAAAAUCCAAAAGUUUCGACAUGCCCGACGUCCUUUGAAGUGCGGCUAAGCCCUGGUGAACGGAAUCGCUUAAUAUUCUGGCAGGAACCAACGUUCACCGACAAUGUCGCCGUCGAGCGGGUCUACAAAACGAGGGAACCCGGACAGCUGAUGUACCCUGGCAUUCACAACGUGCGCUACAUCGCUUCUGAUGCAGCCGGAAAUCGAGCCGAAUGCCAUUUCUCGAUACACGUACGAGAAUCGGACCACCGUCGAGAUUCCGAGCCCCGAUACUACAGGAGAAGGAUGCUGAUGUGUCCCGGUAGACCACCCCAACCGAUACCAUCGACCGCUUAUGGGUGGCAGAUACCGAACGGUUGCUAUCUGAGGUACACGAGAAUCUUCUCUGGAGCGUAUGCAGCUCAGAACUAUCGAGGACAGAGACAGAAUGGUUAUCAGGAAGCGAAUGCGGCUUAUCACGAAGUUCAUCCCAUUCAUGGGAGCCAAGGUCAUCCUCAACUACCUAGAUCGUAUCCCAUUGGAGACUAUCGGCACCCACGUCAGUACCAACAACAACAGCAACGCUUCUCGAGGACCGACCACAUAGCUUCUACGUCGACUCAUUACGGCAGGGGUCGUGUCGAGACCAGAAUAUUGCCACGGCGUAGAUGUUGCGCGUAAAGGAUCGGGACCAGGUUGUUCCCAGACGAGCCGCAAUAACCGAAAGUAAUUUAACCGGCGAAGAAAGGCCGGUUCUGCGGCUGCGAGCAUAAAUUAUGUCAAGAGAGUAGUUCCUCCGUCGAUAGGGGAGCUGCCAGUUCGUUCCUCGCUUUAAUUAAGUCUAAUUAAAGCCGAUCGAUUUCGCGGGACUCUGUUCCAAGAUCCGACGAUACGAGUUUCCUUCUUUGAACGCUCGGCUCAACAGCUGACAAGUGAUCUUUGACUUUUGACCCUUCACACGGAACGAUCGAGCUUUGGCAAUGAAUGAUGGCGACAACGGUGGACUGUUGUUUUGCGAAAUUGAUUAGGGUUAUCGGGUUAAUUGGUGAUGAACGGUGUUCCUUUCUUUUUUUACAUUUCACUUGUCUCCCUGAACUUAAACCUCCGUUGACGAUCUGGGUCACCCAUGUUAUUUUACUGCUUGAACUUUCUCAAUUCGGAAGCCGCGAUUAUAUAUUAACGCAAAUUUUGCUCGAACUAUUCUUGAUAAAAAUAAAGAUCGAGAAGUCAAAUUUCGCUCGAGCCGACACAGAUUGCCCAUGGAGGAUUGAGAAACUUCGAGUUUGAAAUACACUGUUUGAACACUUUCAGACCUAACUGUGUAUUAUACUUUCUGAAGAGGAUACCCGUGAGAUCCAACUGUGUAAUAUUACACAUCAUCGUCGAAGAUGUGUAACGUUAUUUGGUUGGAUCUGAAAAUGUUAAGAAUGAAUACUGUGCAAGAUGAAGACACAUUCAACUUACGGUCUUAGCACUUUCAGUCCCAACUAUGUAAUAUUAUACGAGGCACCUGGGUCAUAUUACAUAUUCUAAAAAGGUUGCAGUAAAAUUUAAUUGUGUAAUAUUACCCGCUAUAGAGAGAUGAGAUCGAUUUGACUGUGUAAUAUUACUCUGUAGGAUUAAUCUGUGUAAUAUUAUGUAUUCUGUCAAAGUAAUCUGUGUAAUAUUACAUACCCUGCAAAAUUAAUGUGUCGAAUAUUACAUACCCUAUAAGAUUGACGUGUGUAACAUAUACUGUAAUAUACACAUAUGUUACAGUAACACAUACCCUUUAAAAUUAAUCUUGGUAAUAUUAUAUACCUUUUAGGAUUAAUCUGUGCAAUAUUACAUAUUCUAAUGAGAUUCAAUUAUACAGUGGUAGACAUUUGUACAAUUAGACAUUCUAAAGCGAUGUAUGCAAAUAAGAUUCAAUAAUAUUAUACACUUUGGAGAUACGGGAUUCAAAUAAAACCCAGUUGUGUAUUACACAUUGUCGUUUAAGAUGUGUAAAAUUGCUUACUAGGAUCUGAACAUACUAAAUAUGAAAUUAUCUCUGUGCAAGAUGGUGUGAAGAGCAGAUUAUCGCCGAAUAAAAUUUAAUAGUAAUUGUUCAACAGAUGUGCAAUAUUACACGUUACCUAUCUAGUAUGGCUAGUAUUACACAUUUGAAUGUGAAAGUGUUGAAAGAUGAAUUUUUUGUAAACUGCCGACGUAAAUCUCUUUUGCAGAUUGCUGUGGCUUGCAAAUUGCAGUCUUUAUGCUCUCCAUCCAUUUGUAUAAUAUUAUUCAUCCUGAUGAGGUCCAGUUUUAUAAUGUUGUACGUUCUAAAGAGAUCGUAUUUAAGUGAAAUACCAUACAUUCUAAAGGUAUCGCAUUUACAUGGAAUGCACUUGUGUAAUAUUACACAUUACCACCUAAGAUGCGCAAAAUUACAUAUUUGAGUUUAAACUUUCG